AUGCCUGCGGAUCCGAGUCCUGUUCCUACCUCUUCUCCAACUUCACGCCGCCGUGCCGCAACUGCAAUGCAGCCGUCCACGACCCCAGCCGUCAUCUUUCGACGACCAUCGCAGGGAAUGGGCAACCCCGCCAUCUCUCUCCCUCAGACAAUAUAUGCAGAUAGUUCAAUGUCGGGGAUGGGAGAAAACGGUGGUGCAGGAGUAGUGUCACCUCCACUGCGACAUCCAAAGCCCCUUACGCCAUCCGAUCUCCACUCCUUGGUUGAGCGGGAGCAAGAAGCGAUGGUGAACCGGCUUUCCAGAGAGCUGUCUUUGCUACGCCAGCAAACAGCCUCUGUUGCAUCGACCACCUCGUCCACUUCAACCACGCUCAAUGACUCCUUGGAUGCAUAUCACAGUUCACCGUACUUAAUUAGCUCCGCACAUCCGACGGCCUCGCGGCGACAUCGCUCCUCAUCGAGUCUAAGCUCGUCUUAUGUCCCAGUAGUUCAAGGAUCGAGAACAGGAAAUGGAAGCGCAAUUGCACGAUCUCGAGAGACCAGCUUGUCACUUCCAUCGUCACGUCCAAACGACCUUUCCAGGUCCGCUCGUGCCCCAUCCAUCACAUCGCGGCCGUCGGAUCAAGUCCUGCCAUCCUUGGCUGCAUUGAUACGGCCGCAGCCACAACAAGGCGAAAAUGUGCCAAACAACGCCCCCGGACCCCGUCCGAACGCCCGUCAAAGGUCUUUCUCCCCGCAACAAGUACCAGCUGUUGGCAAUCCGCCUCGCCAGGAAGUACCGGCCCAGCGAGGAGAGUUGGAAGCUAUCAAGCGAGAAAACGAAGCUCUGCGUCGUCGCAUACGGGACCUCGAGCUUGUUGUUAAGAGAUAUCGAGAACGCGAAGUGACCUCUCCAGAACAGGCAACAAAUGACCAUGAGCCCACAUUGAAAUUGGGGAAAGUGUCCAUUUCCUCGAGGGACGACGCGAAGGAUGGUCUUGAUUAG